UCCAAUCUCAGGGACACAGCUGUCAGACACGGUAUUUAGCACAGCUCGCAGGAAACUGAAGGAUGGAAGCAAAUGUCAACCGCCUGAGUCCCAGAAAUGAAGAAUCACUAUCCAUGCUAACAGCGCUGUCUCUAGGGAGAGUUUGAUGUGGAUGCUGAAUUCUACUUCAGAGCAUGCCUGACAUGGAUGGAGACAAUGAGACCAUGGUGGCAGAAUUCCUCCUUCUGGGACUCUCUGGAAAGUCAGAACAAGAAGAGGUUGUCUUUGGGCUGUUCUUGGGCAUGUACCUGGUCACUAUCUCUGGAAACAUCCUCAUCAUCCUGGCCAUCAGCUGUGACCCUCGUCUCCACACACCCAUGUACUUCUUCUUGGCCAACCUCUCCAGUGUUGACAUCUGCUUUUCCUCAGUCACCAUCCCCAAGGCUCUGGUGAACCAUGCGUUGGGAAGCAAGACCAUCUCUUACACAGAAUGUAUGAUCCAGAUCUAUUUCUUCAUCACAUUCAUCAACAUGGAUGGCUUCCUCCUGAGUGUGAUGGCCUAUGACCGCUAUGUGGCCAUCUGUCACCCUCUCCACUACACCAUGAUGAUGAGGCCCAGACUCUGUGUCCUCCUGGUGGCCAUAUCAUGGGUCAUCACAAACCUGCAUGCUCUCUUGCACACUCUCCUCAUGGUUCGACUCACCUUCUGUUCCCACAAUGCAGUGCGCCACUUCUUCUGUGACCCCUACCCUAUCCUGAAGCUCUCUUGUUCUGACACCUUCAUCAAUGACCUGAUGGUCUUCACUGUGGGUGGAGUGAUAUUCCUGACACCAUUUUCAUGCAUUGUUGUUUCCUAUGUUUACAUCUUCUCUAAGGUCCUGAAAAUACCCUCUGCUCGCGGGAUAAGGAAAGCUCUGUCCACGUGUGGGUCUCACCUCACUGUGGUCUCUCUUUUCUAUGGUGCGAUCCUGGGCGUCUACAUGCGUCCUUCGUCUUCAUAUUCUGUGCAGGACACAGUGGCCACUGUCAUCUUUACAGUGGUGACACCACUGGUCAAUCCCUUCAUCUACAGCCUGAGGAAUCAGGACAUGAAAGGAGCCCUAAGCAAGAUAAUUCUCAGAUCCUAGUAUCUGAGAGAAUUCCUGGACAUCAUGCAUUUGUUCAUCUUUCCAGAGAAACCUAUGCAUAGUUGGUAUAGAAUUCAUGCAUGGCUUUUCCUGUGACUAAUAACAAAUGCUUGUGGUGGUAUUUUAUUUCAAGAUGUCAGAUAUUUGUUUUCAUAAAAGCAGGAAUUUGCCAUCUCUGAAAAGGGAUUGUUCUGUGGAGCUCAUUUCACAGACAAGAAACACUGGGAUAACAACUAGUUGUACUGUGGUUUGAGGUGGUCCAGCCCAACCUGUCAGAUGCUCGCUCCCACAAUGCCCUGGGGCUUUUACAGGAUUCUAGAACCACUCCUCUUCUGGUCUGCUCUCACUGGCUUCUGAUGAGGAGCAUCUAGUUCAUCCAAUGGUAAAGAAAUUGGUAGGUUUAACUCUGCCUAGUCUUAAGCCGCUCUGCUUCAUUUUACACAUCAGAAGGUAUGCCUAACAGACCCUCUGCUCUCCUCCUACCCUACUGUCCUUUUCCUCCUCACUAUAAGCAUCUGCCAGGGAUGGGUGCCACACAGGGAUAAAUACCAGGAACUGCAGACAGUAAGCAACACUGUUCUUAUAGGAAGAGGAUAUGGUGGCAUAAUAAAAAAAAUUAAUGAAACAAUGUAAAACUAAAUCAAAUAUGGGAAUAAUCCAGCAGGUUAUGAGUAUUUCAAUUAACAAAUAGCAAUUAAUAGCCUUCAUAUGCAUGAACAAUGUCCAGGUACAAAACAGAUGGGCAAGGAGAUCACAUUUAUAAUAAAGAACACACUGUGUGGAACACAUAAGAAUAAAGUUAACAGUAAACAUGAGUAGACACAGCAUUAUACAAGGGAAUGCAUCUUUCUAAUAAACCAC